GGGGAGGAGAAAUCAGCGGAAGAGGAAAACCGCCAUCUUCGUGAGGUCUUCAUUCGUGAUGCCGAGACACUGUUCUGCUGGUGGCUGCAAGUCCCGUGACACCAGAGACUCCCGGAAGGCUGGCAUCACUUUCCACAGGUUACCCAAAAGGGAAAACCCCCGGAGGGCCCUUUGGAUCCUCAACUCCCGGCGCACAGGCCCACAGGGGCAAGGCCCGUGGGACCCCCAGAGCGACUUCAUCUACUUCUGCUCCAAGCACUUCACCAAAGACACCUUUGAGCUCUCGGGAGUCAGUGGUUAUCGGAGGUUGAAAGAUGACGCAUUGCCCACAGUCUUUGAGUCCUCUGCACCAAAGGGAAGGGCCACGAAAAGAGCCACACGGGGCAAGGCAAAGCAAGCAGACACGGCCAGACCUGCCAGGACAAAAGCCAGGUCUUCCAAGGAGGCUUCAGGCAAACAGGAUGCCCAGCAGACAGCCGCAGAUUCUGAGAGUGUGACUGGUGGAGAAGCAAGCCACACAUCAGAGGCAGCCAAUGGAGAGGCAGACAACCAAGAGAGGGCGGACACAGGGUCUUCCUCUCAGGCGUCGUCAGAAAUCCCCGUCACCCCUCAGCAGACCCACCAAUCGGCAUGCGACACCGUGACGGAUCCUGUCCAGCAGCCCUCGUCUCCCAGACCUCCCUCCCCGUCCCGCUACAUGAGGCGUCUCCCGCCGCCGCCAGGCUUCUACCUGCCCAGAGAGCACAGCUACGCGCAGCUCUGCCCCCUGGUGUGGCGGAAGCGCUACGACAGGGCCAUCGACAACCUGGAGAAGGCGCUGCGCUUGCUGAGCGCCGCCCGGCGGCGGGAGAACCGGCUGCGCCACGCGCUGAUCCGCCUGCAGGAGAGCCGGCUCAAGAGCACGCUGUUCCGCCUGCGCGACGGGGGAGGGGGGCGCGGGAGAGAGGGGCGCGGAGGACGGGGGAGACCCCCCUUCGGGCGUGGAGAGGAGCUGGGCGCGCGGGGCGGGAGCGGGAGCGAGGAGUCGGGCGGGUGGAGGGGAUCGGGCGGAGCGAGAGGCAGCGGCGAGAGGGAGGAGGACGACGGGGGCUGCUGCUUCUACUGCGGACGAGGAAGGGACGACGAGGCGAGGGCCCCGCGGGGCGCGGAGGGAGACCGGGGGCUGGACGAGCGCGACGGCGAGGCUCGGCGACGGAGGCAAGUCGCCAAGCGAGGCCGCGCGAGAAAAGCGGCGGAGACCAGGGCCGACGCCGUCGCCAGGGACGCUCCCAAGGAGUGCUUCCUCUACUACUACCAGAGCGCGGAGAAGGAGGACGACGUGCAGGUCGUGACCCUGGGGCUCCCCCAUCCUCCCCCGAGAGACAAGGACGUCUACGCCGACGCGUCCCGAGCGCUCCCCGUCGUCGUCCACCCGCCGGCCGAGGCUGGCUGCGUGCAGGUGCACUCGUUGGCGGCGGGUGACGGCGCCUUCCCCACCGACGCGCUCCAGGACUCCGGCGGCGGCAGCACCGCGCUCCAGCUCCUCCAGUCCAGCGCCUCCUCCGCUCCUCAGGGGCUGCUGCUGGCCGACCUGGUGCCCGGCGAGGGCGCGGCCACGCUGGUGGAAGGGCAGCAGGAGUACUGGGUGCAGCACGCGGCCGACGGCAGCGUGGUGCUGCUUCCGGUGGCUUCCGCCGAGGACGGAGGCGUGGCCGCGCUCAAGGGUCUCAACGAGGACGCGGAGACCCAGAUGAUAUUCGUGUCGGACGUGGGGUUUCACAGGGAGGGGAUACGGGUGGAGGGCGACGCUACUGGCCUGAGGGCUAGUGACAGACAGGGCGGCCUCCAAUCAAAUGUCAGAGGUGCAGUUCUAAGUGGAGAUGUGAAGGAGAAGUUAAAAGAACACUUAGAGGGAUUUCAGCUUCAGUUAAGCAAUGAAUUCAGUGACUAAAACAUUUGUAGACAAAGCUACCUGUUGAUGUAUAUAGAGGUACUACUAAUUGUUUGUUUCUUUUUGUAGACUGUAUAAUUGACUCAUGACCUUAAUGACAUCGUUGCGGUUUGAAGGGAAAACCAUAGCCAAGGGACUUUGAAGAAGCACUGUGUUUGUAUUGUGUUCCAAAACCUGAGUUUUCACUGAGUUGGUGCCUUUCAUGAGAACAGUUUGAGACUGAAUUUCACAAUAUUUUGUGGUUAUUGCAUACAUGCAAAUGGUUAUUGUAGCCAGUUCUUACACAACCAUUAAAUGUGUUUUUAUUUGCCUCAAAAGAUCAAAGGUGUCAAAAAUUGUUUCAGAUCGUGAUACUGAUACAAAUCCAUUUGUCUACAUGCUGUAUAAUAUUACUAGAUGCACAUUU